AAACUUUACCUCAGGCUAUAGUCGGUCAGAUUAGCGUUAUUUUUGUUUGUUUAUUUCUUCAAUACUUCAUUGUUUCAUAUUUACCUUGGAAGUAAUAAACUACCAGAAAAUAUAUAUAGACAAAGUUUUUGGAUUAGUUAGUGCUUUUUUAUCGUGUUGUAGGAUGCAAGAUAAUAGCAAGUGGACCUAAAGUGUACUGUGUCCCUAAUAGCGCCUGACCGGGCGGGUAGUGCACUAGAUAGGGCGCGAAAGUCAUUUUGUGUAGUGCACCUAUAUAGGGAACGGACAGCUAUUUGGAUUGUUACCCUGCUUUGUUGAUUAGGACGUGAAGUGCUAGCUUUGAUGCUAAAUUGAAGAAGUGUCCAGCUUUUGUAAAGCUUUCUGUUGUGUCAGAUAUCAGAAAUAGGGCAGAUUUUAUCCAGCCAUGGACCUGAGAGAUUUUGAGGCGGAUAAUUCGGUCAGUUGUCGGCUGUCCUCUCCUGUCCCUGAGCUCUGCAGGACUGAAGACUGUUGUCUGGGUAUUGAUGAGGCCGGUAGAGGUCCUGUCCUGGGUCCCAUGGUGUAUGGAAUAUGUUUCUGUCCUGUGUCCAAAAAGGAAGACCUGAAGAACCUGAAAGUGGCAGACUCGAAGACGCUGAGCGAAGCAGAGAGAGAGAAUCUGUUUCUAAUGCUGGACAAGGCCAAGAGCUUUGUGGGCUGGGCUCUUCAGAUCCUUUCACCCAAUACCAUCUCCACCAGCAUGUUGCAGAGGGUGAAGUAUAAUUUAAAUGCUCUGUCUCAUGACGCUGCCAUCGGGCUGGUGCAGUACGCUCUGGACUGCGGGGUGCAGCUCAAAGAGGUGUUUGUGGACACAGUGGGCCCGGCGGAGAAGUACGAGGAGAAGCUGUCUCAGCAUUUUCCCGGGGUGAAGGUGACCGUACGACCCAAAGCCGACUCGCUCUUCCCCAUCGUCAGUGCCGCCAGCAUCUGCGCCAAGGUGGCUCGAGACCAUGCAGUGAAAGGCUGGAUGUUCACAGAAGACCUAGGGGAAGUGGACACCGAUUACGGCUCAGGAUACCCCAACGACCCAAAGACUAAGAGCUGGCUGUUGAAGUAUCUGGACCCAGUGUUUGGUUAUCCACAGUUUGUGCGUUUCAGCUGGAGCACAGCACAGACUCUACUGGACAGCAAAGCGGUCCCAGUGCACUGGGACGACGAUGAAGAGGACGGGGAGAAAGCAGCAGCUCGACAGAAAAACAUGUCCAUGCUGUCGUACUUCAGCCACAGCAAACCUGCCAACAGCGCACACACACGAGAGACUCACCGCUUCUUCACCGAGCGCAGAUUACAGAGCAUAGACACACUCUGAACACACACGGUCAGCUGUAAAGCAACAGCACUUUGUGAAGGUCAUGUGGAAAUUUUUAUAUUGUCAAUUUUAAAACGAUUUUCUUAAUACACAAAUAAUAAAAUGUGUAUUUUAUACAUUCAGGUUUGAAUUAA